AUGAGCACCCCUGCGAGCUGGCGACAGCCCCAGGCUGGGCUGCGGAACGGUCGACCGACCCUGGUUGUUGAUCCUUGUGUCACGGGCAGUGCAGAACCAGGUCCUGGAAUCGCCUGGUGCCACCUCAGUCGAGGGUCCAGGCGCCUGCCUGGGGAUCAGCGAGGGUCGGGGCGCCUGCCCGGGGACCAGCGAGGGUCCAGGCGCCUGCCUGGGGAUCAGCGAGGGUCAGGGCGCCUGCCCGGGGACCGGCGAGGGUCGGGGCGCCUGCCCGGGAAUCAGCUGGGCCAGCCAGAUGUUUCUGGUGGAGACCUGGGACGUGAGGCGGUGGGCUGCCGGCAGUCCCUCCCUGGCUGUGCAGAAGCUGCGGUGGAAUGUGAGCUGGACGUGGGGGUGCCCGGCCUGAUGGGAAGGUGGCAGAGGCUGUGUGACAUGGAGAUAGGUCGUGAGGACCCCAAGUCAGCCCCUUUGUCCCUGUGGGUCCCUCGCUCUGGGGACCUCGGGCUGCUGAGGACUGAGACGUGCAGUGCCUCUCCCUGGUGGAGCGGCCACCCAGUCAGCCACCGCAGAAUUCUUGGCCCUCAGGCACUGCAGAAGAGAGCGAAAGCCCUGGCUGUGGGUCCCAGGUGUGGCUGGCAGUGGCCGGCAGCAGGCAGAGGCCCUGUCACCAUGGGGGCCCCGGCUGUGCGUGGCCAUCUUGCCAGCAUCAGCUCAUCCUGCUGUGCCCUGGUGCCUCUGGGGGCUGCUCCCGGGGGGCUCUGGGGCCCUGGAGGCCUCCCUUGGGAUCGACAGCUUCUGGGGGCUCUGAAGCCAGUGUUGCCGGCCCACUGGCUCCAGGUCUCAGGCUGGCCUCUAGCCCCAGGUCCUUGCUGCAUCCUGGGGGCGGUGGCUGCAGGGCCCUCAAGGUUGGUGCUCUCAGAAGGGGGCAGUAAGGCCGGCUCUGUGGGGGUGGGGGAGCCUGGGAGCCCCCCGUCGGGGUGCCAGGGAGACCUGGGGGGCACACAGCCCACUCUCUUGCCGCCUCUCGCUCUCUUGGCCACGCCUGCUGGCAGCACAAGGCCCACCUGGAGAGCCUGCGGGUCCUCAGGGAAACACCACAGAAAAACCAGAGGAAGCGUGACCUGGCACCCGGACAAGAAUGCAGGGUGGCCCGGCUUCCAGUCCGUCUUGGGUGACUCACUGCGGUGUGCAGAAAACACCAUUGUGCACCGCGGCCACAGGAAGCCCUCCGCCUCCCCGACCCCCUCCCAUUCCCCCCACCCAGCCGUCUCCCCCUCAACCUCCCCCCACCCCCUACCCUCCCCUUCCCCCACCCCCUUCCCCCCACCUCCCCUGCCCCCGCCUCCGCCUGCCGCUCCUUUUCCAGGUCCCGGGGCCGGUGGUGCUGUGUCACCGAUGGAGAGACUGACGGCCGCCGCCGGCCUGCCAUGGCCACCUCUGAGCCUCCGCCAGCAACCUGGCGUCUUGUGGGGUCCUUCAAGCGAGGCCUGGGAUACCCCACCCGGGAGGCCGGCCUCGGGGCCUCAGCCGGAAUCUGCUACAGGUUCUGCGGUGGUCCAGGGGCCCUGGAGGUGCCAGCCUAUGCCCACCUGGACACCUGCUCAGCGCACAGGACAGCCACAGCCAAUGACCGAAUCUGCAUUGAGGCCAGGGGCUGGGGCUCCAGGCACAGUCACCUGCAGAGCCCUGGACCUCACUCAGGCCCUGGGGGUCUGCCAGGCUCUACAGGAAAGGACACAGCCCUCGCCCUGCCCCCCGCCCUCAGCAGCGUCGCCUCCACAGUGAGUCAGGCACGUCCCCCGUGGGUCACCUCCUCCAUGCCAGGCCGCCCCCAGGGGGGCUCCCUCGUUAUGCAGUUCUGCCCCGUGUGGGUGGGGGCCCAGCUGUGUCGUCUCCCUGGGUGUGGAUCGUGGGGCCAGGGAACAAGAGCCUCUGGGGUUCUUAGAACCCAACGUUUUGUGGUCACAGGACUCAUGGCAACAAUUUGGCUUGAGUUAGCACCUUUCAGAAGGAAUGAAGACACUUAAAAGAGUUGGUUGUUAAUUUUUUUUUUUUUUU